AACCUGAGACGAUGCAGCCUUCUGGCCGAGCUUCGGUCACAGAGUACACGAUGGACUAGUCGAUCCCGUUCGAUGCUCUCGACAGGUGGCAGUGGGAGAAGCAUUGCCAACGACAUCCACGGCAAAUGGGGGAACUGAACAUUGAACUGUCGUAAUUUUGACGUGUGGACGAAGCUUGUUACAAGUAUACAAGGUGUCUAGAAUAAAGUGUACUGUGAAUUUUCAUCGGGGAACCUUUCGAUAUUAUAGAAACAUUUAACAUGGAACACAUUUUGUGUUACGGAAUCAUAAAUUUUGAAUAGGUUACACAUUGUCCUUCAGUGGGUGCUUUUGUUUAUGUUAUGCGUUUAUUUCUCAAGUAUUCUUGUUAUUUUGUUACUGUGAUAUCAAGAGCAAAUUAACUGAUAGUAAUUGUAAUUAGUGAAACUGUGAACACUACCUUAUGUUGGUGCAUUAAUACAUAACCUCGUCGGUGACCCUAAAGUUUUGACAGUUCACGAAUGAUAGAUUAUAUUGCUUUGUUUUAAUAUUCACUCGCAUGUAAUCCGGGGAUUAUGUAUAAAGUUAUGUACUUCAUGUAUAUUUGACGCACAAUGCAAUAUCUGUGAUAAACUUUUUAUGAAAGUAAAUGAAAAAAUGUCCGCAAUUAUAGAUGAUAAAGUGGUUGCAGGAGCGCAAUCCGCAAAUGUUGUCAAAGAAGAUCCGAUUGUUGCUCUGACGGAGAAAGUAAAUGCUUUGUAUUUUUUUCGAGAUCAUUAUUUUGAAAAUCGCCCUAUCGAAGAAGCAAUUAAAAAAAAUGGUGACAUAGAGAAAGAAAUGAAAGAUACAUUAAAUAAGUUCGAUGAAUGCAAAGGAUAUGAGAUUGACGGAUCACGUGCAAGAUACUAUUAUCUGAAAGGAAAAGCCUUAAAUGUUACAGAGUGUUUUGUGCCUCAAGCAGAAGAGUUAUUAACUAAAGCAGUAAAAUUAGAACCUAAUUUAAUAGAAGCAUGGAACGAAUUAGGAGAAUGUUAUUGGAAAAACGAUGAUAUUCAACAAGCAAAAAAUUGUUUUGUUGGUGCUUUACGCCAUGGUAGAAAUAAAGUAUCUUUAAGAAAUCUAUCUAUGGUUCUUAGACAGGAACCAGUUUCUAAUAAUGAGCAACGAAUACAAAAUAUACAACAGGGAAUGGAAUAUGCAAAAGAAGCAGUUGGUCUAGAUACUACAGAUGGUACUUCCUGGGCAAUUUUAGGAAAUGCCUAUUUGUCUUCCUUUUUUACAGUAGCACAGAACCCUGCAACAUUACGUUGUUGCAUGUCAGCUUACCUGCAGGCAGAGAAAGAUAUUGUAGCUGGAAGUAAUUCUCAUUUAUUUCAUAAUAAGGCAGUGGCUUUGAAAUACCAAGAAGAAUACUCUGCAGCACUGCAAUCAUUUGAAAGAGCAAUGUUAUUAGAUCCACUAUGGGACACACCACGCACCAAAAGAGAUGAACUAUUGCAAUAUUUAAAAGAUGUACAAAAUUUAGUGAACAAUAAUGGCAGAGUAAAACCAAAGAGAUUGUACCAAAUGAUACGGGCAUUGGAUAUUAAACAUUUGGGACCAUAUAAAGGUGGCUCUUUCACAUCUGGUCAGAAAACUGUGAAAUUAGACUUAACAAUGCUGAAAGAUUUAUCUGCUGGUGCGAAUCCAGAGAAAGUUGUAUUUGGGAAAGUAGUAUGUUGGAUACAAGAUACAGAUUGUGUACCUUUCGCUUUUUGUCUGGUUGAUGAAGAAAAAACGUGUAUUGCUGUAACAGUAUAUAAUCUGGCUAAAGAUCGUGGCGUUACCGUAGGAGAUUCUGUAGCUAUACCUGAACCUUUUGUUAUCCACCAGAAGUUUUCUUAUCUUAAUAAUGACUUUGAUUUCAAAUCUAUACGAGUUGAAACACCAGUAAUAUUAGUUGUCAAUGGCAGAAAACUAGGUAGAGAGCAACAAGCCUCUGCAAAAUUCCACACUUUCAAAAAAACUGACUGAGCCCAAAUUCUUAAAAAUUAAUAGUGAAACACUAUUGACACCGAGAUUAUUCCGUGAUCGAAACAACAAUUGAAGUGGUAUUUGAAUUUUAAACUCAAGUAUUAAUACAUUCGUAGAGAUAAAUAAUCUUCUGACAGUCAAUAUCGCUGAAGAUUGGCGAAUAUAUUUGUAUUGUUGAGCGUUUGCUUAGGAGGAUAUCGUUCAAGUUGCAGACAAUUAAAUUUUAAAAAAGUUUUACAUAGUUUGUUUUUUACAUGAAAAUUCAUGUCACGUAAGUAUUGUUACGUUUUGUUUAUAAUAUAUUAACUAAUACAGACAUCUCAAGGACCUGAAAUCUUUUACGCGAUAAGUUAUUUCAACGAUUUUUUUCUCAAAAUAUGACAUUAUCCUGUUUUUGAUAGUAAGUUAUUGUAUAUGCCUGUAAGAUUUUAUCAAAACCAAUGAGGUAAGGUUCUCAGGUCCUAUCUUCAAGAGUCAAUUACAUUAUAAUUUACAUAAAGCACAGAUGAAUUACAUAUAAAAAUACUGACUUUUAUAAUACACUUUUGUGUACUUUUCAAUCUAAGAAAAAUGUUCGUUGCAAUGGC